GCCGCGCCAAAUUUAGAAAAUGGAAGUCACAAGGAAAAAUUUCCAGGCCUUGUUGCCAGAUGUCUCUGAUACGAUAAAUGAGUGUGAUUUUCUGGCAAUAGAUGGUGAAUUCACAGGUCUCCACAACGGUAUUCGUGAAAAUGCCUAUGACACAGCUAGAGAACGUUACUUAAAAUUCCAGCAGGGUUGUCCAGAUUUCCUUUUAAUUCAGUUUGGAUUAUGUUGCUUCCGUUAUGAUGAUGAACUGAAGAAGAAUGUUGCUAAGACGUUCAACUUCUAUACUUUCCCAAGGCCGUUCAGCCGACAAGCUCCAGACCACAGGUUUCUCUGUCAGUGUUCAAGUAUGGAGUUCUUAAUAACUCAGGGUUUCGACUUCAAUAAAUUAUUCAGAGAAGGUAUUCCAUACCUGUCUCCUGCAGAUGAACAGAAGCUGAAAGAAGCACUCGGCCAAAAGCACCAACAGUUCAUGUACUCCUCACCAGCAUUCACCACGCCAGGGGGUGCAUUGGAGUCCGUCAAAAGUCCAGCUGUGAUUCCCGACGAACAGAAAGAAUUCAUUGAAAGUGUGAUAAAGAAGAUAGAAAACUUCGUUGAAAAGUCACAGGAGCCCAGUCUUUCCCUUGAUCCAUGUAGUGCAUUUAGAAGGAAACUCAUCUACCAGACUGCAAAACUCAGAUUUCAGACUGGUAUUCACCUGGAGACGCGAACCCUCGAUAACAGAGUACGGUGUAUUGUUAUCAGUCGAGUGAACGGUGAAGAAGACAUGAGAAAGAAGGAAUAUGCAAGGCAGCAAGUAGAACGGGAUGAAUUGGAAGCAGAAGUUGGAUUCUCAAAAGUGAUCAAAAUGAUUUCAAAGUCGGGAAAACUGAUGGUUGGCCACAACAUGCUUUUAGAUUUACUUCAUGUGAUUCAUCAAUUCAGCACUCCAUUACCACCGGAUUAUGAUGAGUUUAAAACUAUAGUGGGCUGUGUUUUUCCAAAGAUCAUCGACACCAAGUUAAUGGCCAGCAUUCAUCCAUUCAGGGAACACAUUAUGUCAUCAAAUCUUGGAGACCUACAGAAGAUAUUGGAAUGUUCGCCGUUCAGAAAACCAGAAGUUGUUACAGCAGAAAACUUUCCAUCCUAUGAUACCCAAACAGAGAAACUCCACGAAGCUGGCUAUGAUGCUUAUAUCACUGGUUUGUCUUUCAUUGGCUUGGCUAAUUACUUAGGCAACUUCCAGGACCCGAGAAAACUAAGGGUGGAGCCCAAUUCCUCUCUGCUGGAGCCGUUUUUGAAUAAAAUAUUUGUGAUGAGGAUUGCUGAUAUUCCGUACAUUAACUUAACUGGCCCAGACCUGGAUCCAAACCGCGACUAUGUGUUCCACGUCACAUUCCCUGCGGAGUGGCGACUGGGAGACCUGCAGCAACUCUUUUCGCCGUUCGGUAUGGUCAACAUCGCUUGGAUCGAUGACAAGUCUGCAUUUGUGGGUGUUCUCAAGAAAGAGAAUGUAUCAGUUGUGAUGAAAACCCUGUCUGAAGGCCAUGCCUACAAAGUCACUCCGUACUAUGAAUACAUGAGGAGGACAACAGGCCAACCUCAGCCGAGAAAACGCAAACACGAGGAAGCAGACAUCCAGCUGCCUGCAGAAUCCAUUCCUCGGAAGACGUUAAAUGUGGAAGCAUCACCGUUUGUGUCUCGACGAAGCAUCACCCCGAUCCCAGAAGAGAAAGAGGAUGAAGAGGGAGAUGCCAUGACUAGUACUAGCGCUAAAGAGGAGUUAGGUGAACCCAUGAAAAAGAAACACAAGGCCAAUAAUGGGACACAAGAAGAGACAAAAAUGGAUGAGGGCAUCGGCGACAAGCUAUUUGAUGAGCCGACCAGCUGGUGAAAGUUAAAGGUGUCCAGGCUACAGAGUUACUUCCAGUGCUUAGCUAUGGGCAGUAACAGCAAGUAACGAGAGACUGGACUGGCUGCGACUCAUGAUGACUUCCACUGCAAGGGGAUAAGUCACGAUCGAACAGUCGUAUCUUGUUCAAAUGGAGAUCCAUCUGCGCUUUUCAAUCACCCCAGGCGUCAGAUUUUCCAUUUUUCAGACCGACUACUUAGUUAAUGAGUUGAAUGACUUGGACUGGGACUUGUUCUUAAAUUCUGCUAGUGAUGUUACCCGAAAAAGCACUGUUUUUUUGUAGACGCGCCUGCAUAACGUUACCACCGAGGGGCCGUAUAGAUCACGCAUACUAUUAUCAGUGUUUGCAACUUAGCACAUCUAUUUCACCAACGGGCAUGCAGCUUCCCAAUUCUUGCGCAGCCACGUUUAUCGGAGAGUGCUUAGUAAUGAAAGUCAAGUGAGAAACUUUACGAGAUGAGGUUUGUCUUAGUUACACAACCAUAUAUGUACAUGUAGCAUCAUGUCACACGGAUCAACAAUAGUCAACAAACAGUCAUAAUGCAACUUUGUAGAAUUUUUUAGCAAGCAAAUGAUGCGCCUGGUAGGGAAGGUGAGCUGUUGACAAACUAUGCUAGACACCAGAAAAACAACGUCUGUAUGUCCUUGUUUUUCACAUUUCUCGGAUUUUUGGGUAAAAAUAUGAAAUGUGAGACCCUUCAAAAAUAUCGCAAUUUGCCUUGAUGUAGUUAUUCAGUUGUGUUCUUAAACCAGUCCUAGACUGAACGUAUACAUGUACCAUGUACUAGAUAUAUGAUUUAUUUUUGUACUUCACACGUCAAACACAUAAAUGUGGUUCCCAUGUUUUGCUCUUUAUCGCUUUUUUUCUAUCAGCAUUUAUUUGGCAGGGGAGCAUUGGCCUUAGGGUGUACAACAUUUUCUCUUGAGUUCAUAUAGUACUACCAGGCUUACCAGCUAGUAUAUCAUUGCUCCUGGGGAAGUUGGUAGAAGGACCUUCCCCUUGCACGCUGUAUUUAUCAGAGACAACCAUACUCUCUAAAUGCAUCUGCAAUUUUUGCAUUGCGUUCAGAUAAAGUUAUUUUGGACAUAUUUCUGUUGAUUUGGUAAAGACGCUGCAUUUGAAUCCAUAUGACUAAAUAUUGAUAAAAACUUUUAUCAGUUAAUCGCCACUAGUCUUCGGAUUUCAAAUUCUGAAUAUCGGCGCAGGGCCGCAGGCCUUUUCAUAUAUAAUGUGCUUGAUGUGUGAAAUUUUUCAGUAGUUUGAUUGUUUGUAACUGUUUGUUUAUAUUUUUGAUGUAGCUUAUUUUUCGCCGUUUUUUGAAGUUGUAUGGUUCUUCAAUAACACGCGCCUACCAGGACUCGUGUAUUUUUAUUGGUAGGUCUAGUUUUGAGGGUGUUUUUCGUCGCAAGUUAUAUUUUGAAAACAUUUGGAUUUAUUCUUGGUUGUCGAAAAGAAUUAGAAUUUCAGGCCUAUAUGCUGUUGUUAUGUUGACUGUUCGCACUGAUCAAACACGGUGAGACCUAAAUGUCUGAUUCUCUCUGCAAAAAUAGUUCCCGGUUUCUACUCUGUUGCUUUUGUUGUAUACACACAGUGUUCGUUAGAAAGCUAUUCGCCUUCGCAUCCAAAUAUCACCGUCGGUAGUUUUUAUACUGUCUACAACCUCCGGCUUCAUAGACAUAUUAAAAAUAAAAUUCACAGACGCGAAUACAAAAUUUAUUUGAUUGUUUAUUUGUGAAUGACAAAAAGGUAUUCUAUUUUUCUUUGGUGAAAAUCCAUGUGUAAUUCGCCUAAUGUAAAACACGGGUUUCAUUGUUCCAAGGAGAUGGUACUCUUCAAGUGUAUACCCAACUUGUAUAAAAACAACCAUCCUUUAAAGUGGCAACUUGGGCAUGAGCCAGGAUGAUAAUACCUCUCUGUUCACCAUUACCUCUCCUCGCCAUUUUGAAUGAAGUUCACGACACAUCGUGUUUUCUAGAUGUACAUGUAACGUUACAUGUAGUGCAAAAUGUACUUUCCUCCUAAUUGUAGAUGUACAUGGAUAUUCAUUUGAUAUAUAUGUUUAUGUUUUCUUUCUAUGAUUUCACCAUUUGUCAUGAUUAUUGUAGGUCAAUUGAUGUUCCGCCAUUCGAGAAUUGUUGUAAAUGUACAAUGUAAACGUGAAAUAAAAGAAU